CGUUAGUGGUGUCACCAUGGCAACGAGCACGCGCUGCCCAAGGCAGUUACCGAUCUCUGCCACUUCCCUCUCCGCGGACCAGCGACUCCACGGCGCGUCCCACCCACCUGGUGUCGGACUGAUCGCCCUCGGCCUGAGGGAUAGGGGCCAAGGGGCAGCAUGGCUAAGGCGGCAGCCCCUUCGCCGCUGGAAGACUUGGACCUGAGCGGAGAGGAGGUUCAGCGGCUCACCUCCGCCUUUCAGGACCCGAAGUUCCGGCGAAUGUUCUCAGAGUACGCCCAGGAGCUCACCGAUCCCGAGAACCGGCGGCGCUACGAGGAAGAGAUCACUGCGCUGGAGCGCGAGCGCGGCGUGGAAGUGCGGUUCGUGCACCCCGAGCCCGGCCAUGUGCUGCGCACCAGCCUGGACGGGGCGCGGCGCUGCUUCGUGAAUGUGUGCAGCAACGCUCUGGUGGGCGCACCCACCAGCCAGCCAAGCUCCGGGAGUGCGCCCGCCGGCAGCCAGUGGUCCCUGCCCUAUAGCCUGGCGCCCGGCCGUGAGUAUGCGGGGGCGCGGAGCACCCGCUACACGGUCUACGACGUGGUCUUCCACCCACACGCGCUCGAGUUGGCCCGGCGCCACGAGCCCUUCCUCCAGAUGCUGGACGCCAUGGCCCUGGAAGCCGUCGAGAAGCAGUUUGGCGUGAAGUUAGACCACAGAAAUGCCAAGACCCUGAAGAUCAAAUAUAAGGGGACUCCGGAGGCCGCCGUGCUGCGAACGCCCCUGCCCGGGGGUGUCCCCACCAGGCCCGAGGGGGAACCAGAGAGCCCUCUUCCGGAUUUUCCCUACCCCUACCGGUGCCCGGCGGCCGCCGGGAACUCUGUGGGCCCUGAGCCCCGGGCGCCCUCCACUCCAGAGGCGGUCCCACAGCCCGCCCCCACCGAGCCUCGCUACAGCGUGGUGCAGCGCCACCACGUGGACCUCCAGGAUUACCGCUACUCCCGGGACUCGGCCCCCAGCACGGUGCCCCAGGAGCUGGUGGUCACCAUCGAGCUGCCGUUGUUGCGCUCGGCGGAGCAGGCGGCGCUGGAAGUGACGGGAAAGCUACUGUGCCUCGACUCGAGAAAACCCGACUACCGGCUGCGGCUCUCGCUCCCGUACCUGGUGGACGACAGCCGCGGCAAGGCGCAUUUCAACAAGGCCCGGCGACAGCUGGUGGUCACGCUGCCCGUGGCUCUGUCCGCGGUGCACCGGGAGCCCAUCGCGGCGCCGGAAGAGUCGGCUGACCCGUCCGGAACUGACGGCGCGGCCUGCGCUUCCGCUUGCGAGGGGGAGGCAGGCCCGGCGGGGGUUCGCGCAGGAGACGAAGGCUCGGAUCCCAGCCGAACUGGGGCUGCGGACGCCGGAUUCACCACCCCGGGCGUCACUGGGGAGGAGCUCGUCUCCGUACUGAAGGAGCAGGACUUCGGCGGGCAAGCAGUGUCGACAGUGGGCAUCGGGGAGAAACCGCUUUCCGGAACAGGGAGCUCACCUGGGGACAGUGGCGGAGGCUCCCCUUGUACUUCAUCCAAGGACCUUGACAGAGGGUCUUCUCCAGCAAGAGGGAGUGCGCGCAGAGAUCUCAGCGUUGAGACACACGUGGCCAGGGAAGGCACGGGCAUCGAGCCUUCUAAUCCAGCCAUGGGUGAUCUCGGGACCCACAGCAGGGAACCCUUGUGCCCUCCUUUGCAGUGUAAUCAGGAUGAAGUAUGCUUGACGCUGCUAAUUCAAGUGCCUCGGAUCCAGCCGCAAAGUCUUCAAGGGAAUGUGACUCCCCUCUGGUACAAAUUGUGCUUUUCCACUGAAGACUUAGUUUAUUAUUCUUUCUUUUUGCAGUUUGCUUCAGAGAAUAAAUUGAGUACCAAAGAACCAGUGGUUAGCAUUUCUUCAAACAAUGCAGUGAUAGAACUGGCCAAAUCUGCAGAGUGCUAUGGACAUUGGAGAGAGUGGUAUUAUGGUUUAAACAGCGAUUCUUUGGAGGAAAGGUUGUUUGUCAAUGAAGAAAAUGUUAAUGAGUUUCUUGCCGAGGUCCUGAACUCUCCAUUCAAACAGUCAAUGCCCCUAACCCCACCAUUAAUUGAAGUUCUUCAUGUCACUGAUAAUAAGAUUCAAAUUCAUGCAAAGUUGCAAGAAUGUAGUAACUCUGAGCAGCUUCAUGAAAAAGAAGAAAGAAUCAAUGAAGGAAGUCAUCUAACUGAAAAAGAAAACACGGAACAUCUUACCACCUCAACAACUGAUUCUGAUUCAUCUAUAGCAGUUCUAGUAGAAACAGAUAGUUGUGGUUCAGUUGCACACUUGCAACAAGAGUCUCUUGAUGUUUCUCAAAUGCUAUGUGGAAAGUCUCAGCACGCUGAGUCAAAAAUGGAAUCUGAAUUUAUGAAAAAAAAAGGUGCUAUUUACUCAAACGAGGAAAAAGAUAAUUUAAAAGAACCAGUAAUAACUGAAGAGAAAGAAGUAGAUGGAAAUCACCUAUCUUCCUUAUCAGUUCACAGUAUACAUCGUUUUGACCACAUAAAAGAAACCAACAUGCAGGAUGGUAGUGUGCAGAUUAUUAAAGAUCAUGUGACUCAUUGCACAUUCAGUUUUCAGAAUUCUUUGCUAUAUGACUUGGAUUAAUUCUAUAUAAUUUUAGAAUUUAAAAGUUAAGAAAAAAAUUUGGGGACUUAAAAUAGAUUCUAUUUCUGAUAACUACUAUCUUAAACUGAAAGUAUUCAAGAAAUUGAAAUUUGCAGUUUUGAUUCUAAUGGGGAAACUGGAGGAAUUUGUUUUUGCAUAUGCAGUUUAUACAGUUUCCUAAAUUAUAGAUGUAAGUUUUAUGAUUCCUCAGAUAGAUGUAUAUUUUUUCUAAUUAAACAUUCAGUUUUAAUAUAACCUGUAUAUAUGUACUUCUGUGAUGUUUUUGGCCUCUUGUUUACCAUUACUUUAAUAAAAUUUUGAAAUAUUUAAGUCGUGUCUGUCACAAAAAUUCUCAAGUAUGCAAUUAACUAGAAAUAUGAGUGUGGGGGGUAGGUAGAAUCUCAAAACUGUUUAGAAGUCUCACUGAAUAGGACAUAUUUAUUCUUGAAAUAUCUUCAGAACUUUACUCACCAAAAUUAAUGAUUCAAACAAUUACAGUACAAAUAGUCUUAAUGAAAUUCAGUAUUUUUGCUUCAAUUCUAUUUUACUCUUCAUGUCUGUCACAGAAAAUAAAUGUGUGUGUAUAUAUGAUACAAGUUAUUUAGUACUUUGAAAAUUUGUUUUUAUAAAGAGUUUUUUGAAAGUUACUAUUACAGUAUUAAAACACCUCUCGGUCUUACAGAGUACAUUUAUGAAUUUUAAAACAGGACAAUUAAAAAACCUGGAAAUUUGCUUCAACAGGAAAAUUGUCAAGUGUUUUCGAAUCAAUUUGUUUUAUAAUAACUAAAAGAGGACAGCAGAUAAUGUAUCUGUGGCUAUUAUUUUGUGGAAUACUAUUUUUGAGGCCAGAGGAAAAUCCUAAUAGAUUUGUUUCUCACAAAUUUUUUUAGGAUAGCAUGAAAGAAAAUGUAAAAGGAAAAUAUCUGUUGACCUAAUCCCUAGCCCCAAAGGCCAUGAGCUGAUCUAUAUGUUCCAGAAACAGCUACCAAUUUAAACAAACCUCUGGCCUUACCUUAGUCCCGGAAAUUACCUAAUAUCUUUAGUUCUUUGAACUGGGAGGUCAGAUUAGAGUACCAAAAACUGGUACAAAUUCUGGCAAUUCAUCUUGAUUUACAUUUAUAAUCCUGAUAAAAUGUGAAACCAGACUGGGCUGAGGGCAGUAUAAAUGUAGCUCAUAAAACAGGAGAACUAUUUGCCCCAAUGUAAAUGACCAUAUCCAUUUUUCAACCAUAAUAUGAAUCUUAAUUUGAUGCAAUAAUAAUUUUGAAACUGUCCACUUAAGUUUUCUUAAAUUGAAAUGACUAAUUGUAAUAGCUACACAGAUAUUACUCUGAAUAAGUUUUGGUUGAAUGCAAUUGUAUGCUCUUAAGGGAAACUUCUACAAUAAAUGUAGAGUAAAUUUUAAGUAAAUUUUAAGUAAAUAGUAAAUUUUGUUUCCUAUUAUUUACUGUGUCUGUCCUUUUAAAAAAGUAUGAUUUUGGUUAAAUAAAGGUACUAGAACAUC